AUGGACGUGGACACAGAAACCCCGGCUUCGACGCCACGCCAAUGGACGCCAUCGGAGCAAGAUGUGAUCGAUUUGGAAGGUGAAUAUGGGUGGAUUGCCCGAGGCGAUAAACGGCCAGUUGAAAAGAGACUGCCCUUUAAUCGACCAAAGUUAAUGCAGGUAAAUAUGCAUAAAUAUAGUAAUUAUAUCCAAAUAAAUUAUAGUGUGACAUAUAAUUUUAAGCAGGAAUACAAACCUUAAAUAAUGAUGUUUUAGGUAUACCGUGUCCUACCGUUCGUAGCCAGAUAUGCCAGGUAUUGGGUGCGCAACUACAACAAUCGAGAUCGCUUGUUCAUAAACACUUUUGAGCCUUUGAAACACAAACAUACGUAUGGUGUACCAUGUGGUACGAUCGGAUCCGGAAGCAUUGGUCGCGACUUCCGAGGCGGAUUCUGCAAGUUCGGGUUGAAGCCGGGAUUGGUCGAACACCAUGUCAAGGCGGUCAAGGUAAAACUGACAAUUCCAAUGUUUUAAAACUUAAAAAUUAUGUUUUUAAUCGUAUUGUAUACCCUAACUUACAUUUAUUUGUUAAUUUCCAGGCAAAUCAGUUCAUAUUAACAUUGAGGAAGAGCGAUGGCGAGACAAAACAGCUUGUUUUAGGUGUAAAUGAACAUCACGUCAAUCAGCUGAACAAUUGGAAGUUCGGAAUCGAGGAAGAGAAUAUUAUCUACAGGUAAAGAUUAAACUGUAAAUUUUACAUUUUUUAAAAUUUUUUGGAAAUUUUGGGCAAGAAUAUUCGACAAAUUUGGGCGCAGCUGGGAAAACUUUGCGCAGUUCGCAGGAUUGUAGAAUUGUAAAAAACCGAAAGAUUUUUGACAUUUUUCUGUUGUAGGUAUAGUAAAAAUGAUAUAUUAGACUUAUUUUAUAGUUUUUUUAAAAAUUUUUUAUAUAAAGAAGGUACCUAAUGUUCAUAAAUUUGAUUUUAGAGGUCUAUAUCCCCGAUCAUGGACAGUAUACAAGAUAUCAUCGCAUAAUGUCAAAGUAGUCAUCACCCAAACAUCGCCUGUCAUUCCAAACAACUACAAAGACUCUUCAUUGCCAGUGACACUGUUUCACUUUAAAAUUAUAAACGAGAGUAACGAAGACAUCGAAGCUGCCAUUACCUUUACCUUCAGGAAUGGCACUGGCUGUAAGAAGACACAGUCAGAAGGAAUGUGCAAGAGUCUGCAGAUUACUUCACCUUCAGGUAGGUUAGGGGAUAUCUUGAGGUUGGUACAGGGGAGCUUUCAUGUUGGUAUAGGGGAUUUUUCUGGAAGAUAUAGGGGAUUGUUCAUGUAGGUAUAGGGGAUAUGUGAGGCUUUUGUGGAUUUUUUGAGGGUUGUAUAGUAAUUUUUGACUAUAAUAACAAGACCUAGUAAAACUUUGUUAUCAGUCACAAUAAAAAAUCUAUUUUUGUAGCCAAAGGUCUGAUGCUGAAGCACGAGAUCGCCGGAAUGGACACGACAUAUUGUGUUAUGUCAUCCGACGUCGACGCCACUUCUGUCGCAGCUUUUGAUCCAAACGCGUUAGAAUGCAAACUCUGGGAUUCACUAGAACAGAACAUGAAUCUAAACGAGCUGGAAGCAGAAUCUGAAGCCACUCAUCUGGCCGUAGCUUGUUCCACCUACAAGCAUAUAAAAAUGAGAGAAUCGACUAGUUUCGACCACGCCUUGGUAUGGCACAUGCCAAAAGUUCAUUUUACGUCUAAGAAACGAAGCUACAAAAGGUACUACACAAAGUUCUUCGACGAUGAAGCACCGGAUACAGCGUUCGACAUAGGAUGUUAUGCUUUGGGUAACAAAGAGAGCUGGGAGAGGCAGAUCGACGAGUGGCAGAAUGUUGUGCUGCUGGAUCAGUAGGUUCUUGGUUUGAUUAAGUUUGUUUUAUAUUGCACUGUGCAGAAUUUGAGAUUAGAUAAAUUUGCAUAAGUUUUUUUUUAUUUCGCGAUUUGGAAACUUAAAAAUCGAAAAAAGAAGAUUUUUCUGGUUCACUAGGUUGUUCAAAUAAUUUUGUGCCCUCUUAUCCCCAAAAUUUGUUUUAAGAGGGGCACAUAAUCAUUUGAACAACCUAAUAUAAAACCUUUAGAAACGUACCAUUAUGGUUCAAAAGCGCCUUGUUCAACGAGCUGUACUACCUGACUGAUGGUGGUACCGUCUGGUUCGCCUACGACGAAUCGUGGAAGCAAGAGGAACAACACCUAAGUGAUUACACCCUGAGGCAUUUCAAAGAUUACGGACGAUUUGCUUAUCUUGAAUGUGAGUAUUUUUAUUUGGUUGUUCAAAUAAUUCUGUGCCCUAUCUUUAAACAUUUUUUUUGGGUGGGGGCACAGGAUUAGUUGAACAACUUAAUAACUUUAUUCUAAAAUUUUGAAAAAAUGCAAUUUUAAAAUUAUUUUGUAGCUCAAAUCAAAAAAAGUUACAGUAGUUUCUUUCAGCUUGGGAAUACCGUAUGAUGAACACUUACGACGUGCACUUUUAUGCAUCCUUUGCUUUGGCCGAACUUUUCCCAUGGAUCGAGUGUACUGUUCAGAUGGAAAUGAGUACGCUUUACUUGUUUUGCUAUUUUUUUUUGAAAAUCAUGACUGUUUAAGCGAUUUUUACCUUUACGGUGCCUUCAAUGUAUACCUUUUUCCGGGAAAAAACGUCUGCACAGUGCAAGAAAAUAAAGAACGGUUUGCACAGUGCAGCGAAAUAGUGAAUGAUCUGCACUGUGCAAUCCUUGAGAGCGCUACUCCUAUUGCACCGUGCAAGUUUCUUAUUCUUUCUUCGAAAGACUGCACCGUGCAAUCCCUAAACAGUGCCACCAACUCUUCUGCGACACCUUUAAGAAUGUUGUCGCACUCUUUUCAUCGAACAAAGUGCAAACUGAAGCAUUGCGGCGACCGCGACAAUGCCAUUUGGAAAAUGUCGCAAGAAGCAAAAAAUUGUUCAGCUCUUGUUGUUUGUCGCUCGAAUUCUUUCAAUUUGUGAGCGACAGAAAUUCCGUCAAUUUUGCGAUUUCCUUUCAUUUUGUUGCUCUUAAGAACUUUUCAAUUUGGAAGAAAGUUUGUCGCGACAUGAAUUGAGAGAAAUCGAGCGACAACCGCGACAAUUGCUUGCAUCUUGCGACAAUGCGAUGUGGACUCAAAUGUCGCAAGUUGCGCGUUGUCGCAGAACUUUUUGUGAAACAAAAGUUUAUGCGACAAAUUGUCGCUUCGCUUUUGGAGGGGUGAUGCGAUAAAACUGUCGCGGUUGUCGCAGCGACAGUGCUUGCACUGUGUCCAGUGGGUUUGUCGCGGCGACAAUUCAACAGUUUGAGGUUGUCGCAAUCUGAAUGAGCUUUGCGACAAACAGAUUAGAGAGAGGCUUGCACUGUGCAUGGUUUUGAGGGCGAACACAAAGAGAUUUGCACGGUGCAAUUGGCGGAAAGCAAGGAGAUUUUUCUAAGCUUUUGCACGGUGCAGAAGGUUUGCUUUUUUAUGGAAAAGAAUGGGACGACUGCACGGUGCAAACAAGCCUUUCAUUGAAAGGAAGAAACACUUGCACGGUGCAGUUGAAAUUACGCAAUUUUCCCAAGGUUUUGCACAGUGCAGUGGUAAUUGUGGGAACGGAGGAGGUAAAGGAUGGGAAAAAAGAGAAAUGACUGAUCUUUCGCUUUAUAGGAGACCAAUUCGAAAACCACGUUUCAAAACAAGUCCGAUUCCACAUGGAAGGCGACCGAGCACCAAUAAAGACCCAGAAAAGAGUACCACACGACCUAGGCAACCCGGCGGACGAGCCCUUCCUCAAAGUGAACGCCUACAUCAUGCACGAUACUGGGAAGUGGAAGGACCUCAACCUGAAGUUCGUCCUUACCUCUUAUCGCGACUACGUCAUCCUCAUGGACAAGUCGCCAGAAUACCUGGACUUUGUAUACCCAGCAGUGCGACAAGUGAUCGAGGAGGGGCUGACCAAGUGGGACAAGAACGGCGACUCUAUGAUCGAAAACUUUGGCGCCGCCGACCAGACAUACGAUGCCUGGAAGAUGGUGGGGGUGAGUGCCUACUGUGGGUCGUUAUGGUUGGGAGCACUGGUGGUCGCAUUGAAAAUGGCAGAGGACAUGAAGGACGAAGCUGGGGUCAAAAAGUACGGAGAAGCAUUGGAUUCAGCGAAACGGGUAAGGAUAUUGUUAGUUAGGUUAUUACUGUAAGAUAUUAUGUAAUUAGGGGUACUGUAUGAUGAUAUGCAGUUAGGGGUACUGUAAUUGAGGUAUGGAUGCAAGAGUAUGCCGUUGAUGAUAAAAGUUUUAAAAAUAAGUUUUGAAAUGCCAUUUUUAGGUAUUUGAUACAGUUUUGUGGAAUGGCAGCUACUACAACUUUGACCAGGCUUCGAACAGUAACUCCACGAUAAUGGCAGAUCAACUGUGCGGAUUCUGGUACCUUCAGUCUAUUGAUGCUGAAUUGGUUCGAAAUGUAAGAAAAUUUUUAAAAAAAUUUAAAUAUUUAAAAAUUUGGGUCUGGCUAGAAAUGGCAGCAGUGACGUUUACUUGAGUAAUAGGCUUUCAAAUAUACACUUUCAUGACAGUAUAACGUUAUAACCAUGACAUAAAUGAACUUUUAGUUGCUACCCCAAUCUCACGUGGAUUCUGUCCUGGAGACAGUCUUCAACUACAACGUGGUCAAGUUUGCCGAUUGUACCUUGGGAGCUGUGAAUGGAAUGUUGCCAAAUGGAAAGAUAGACAGAAGCUACAUUCAGGCAGACGAGGUCUGGGUGGGCAUUACCUACUCGCUGGCCUCGUUCUUCAUUCAACAGGUAAGGUUUACUGCAGUCAAAUUUUGCUUUACUGUAGCCAACUUUAGUGCUUAGAACCUUCCUUUCUACCACCCCGUAUUCUCUUUAAACCUGAUCUAUCUAUCACUCCAUCACAUUGACCUUGUAUAACAACAUAUAUUUCAGAAUCAACUAAUGAAAGGUUUUGAAACGGCAGCCGGCUGCUACGACGCCUGCUUCAAUCGCUUCGGAUUACAGUACCAAACGCCAGAAGCUUUGUACCGUGGACGCUUCUACCGUGCCAUUGGCUACAUGCGUCCUCUCGCCAUCUGGUCCAUGUUCACAGCUCUCAAGAAGCAAAAGUUCUUUACUGCACAGUAA